AUGCAAAAUAAAAUGAAUUCUAGGCCAAAGGUAGCAUUUGCUGCUGUUCGGAAGCGAUACCAUUCUGACAAUCCACAUAUAGCACACCACGCUUUACACGUCCUUGAGGCGCUUGUGAAAAACUGUGGCGACAAGAUGCACAAGGAAAUAACGACGAAGGAAGCAAUGGAAGACCUGAAGCAUUUGGCUGCAGACUGUCCAGACAAAGUGAAGGAGAAGAUCCUGGAACUGAUCCAGUGCUGGGCGCACGCGUUCCGCGAUAAGCCGGAGUACAGGCUUGUGAAGGAUACGCACACUCUGAUGAAGUUGGAAGGUUAUUCAUUUCCAACUCUGAGGGAAAGCGACGCAAUGUUCACAGCUGAAACCGCCCCUGAAUGGGUUGACGAUGAUCGUUGUCACCGGUGCCAAACCCAGUUUACGUUGAUCAACAGAAAGCACCACUGUCGAAACUGUGGCCAGAUAUUCUGUGACAAAUGUAGCAGCAGGUACAUUCCAUUGCCGCAUAUUGGCAUCGAACGCGAUGUUCGUGUAUGCGAGACUUGUUUUGAUAAAGAGCCGUCUGAGGAGCAGCUUCGCGAAGCGGAGGAACUGCAGUUAGCAAUGGCGCUUUCGCAGUCAGAGGCGGAAGAAAAAGAGCGACUGAAGAAGAAUGAAGCUCCCGUUGAUGCCGCUGCUGAGGCUGAAGGAGAGCUGGCGCGGUACCUGAACAGGCAGUAUUGGGAAAACGUACGGAAGGAGCAAAAGAGUAACGCGAAUGCAAGGCGCCGUUCACCAACUCCGUCAGCGCCGGCUGCACCUGCAGUGAAAAUCGUGAAUGGAACGGCGGAUACGGUGGACGCAGAUCCGGAUGGGGUAGUCAGCGCGUUCAUCGGGCCACUAGACGAAGAUCGGUGCGCGACCAUCCAGCAGUUCUCACAGAACUUAUUAGAAACCAUUUUGCUGUUCUGCAACCGGAUCAAAAUGGACCAGAACCGCGGCCGAUCGCUGAUCUCUGAUAGCAGCGUGCAGACGAUGUUCAUGACACUGACGAGCAUGCAUUCGCAGUUGCUGAAGUACCUGCAGGAAGUGGACGACAAUCGAACCUACUUCGAGACGCUACAGGACAAGCUGACGCAAAUACGGGAUGCUCGUGAAGCAGUCGACGCGCUGCGCGAGGAACACCAGCAACGCAGACAGUACGAAAUGAUGGAGCAGCAGCGUCAACGCCAUCUGCAGAUGGUAGCGAAACUGGAGUCUAUGCGCAUCAAGAAGCACGAGAUGCUUGAACAGCAGAGACUGAUGGCCUUGCAGAAAAUCGACGAGGAAGAACGCGAGAUGGCCCUCAGGAAGCAGGCUAUGCUACAACAACAAGCUUACGUGGCAGGUGAGUUCCUUUUGAUAGCUCACUUCUAUAGAAGAAGUCAUUUAUUCAGAAGUCAAAUGCGGUUGUAA